UGUUAAUUCCGCCUACCUUCUGCUCUGCUCUGCUUCCUGCCGUCACAUUGGUUGCUCUCUGGUAUCAUUUCACAUAAAACUGUAACAAUAUCUCAGCGACAUGCAGAGAAGGACUUUCUGGCUCGUCCUGCUGGUGGGAUUUUAUACCAUGGAUAGUGAGACUCAAGUAAACUGUAAUCACACUGAUUGUUGGGGUUACUGCGCCAACUUUACACAUCGAUCAGUUGCGAAAACUGAAUGCUGCAUGAGAAGGUACAGCCAAGGGAUAACGAACUGGAACAUUUUCAAGGCAACUCAAACACUCGAAAGUAUUCUGGAGGAAACGGAGGUGAACCAGAUCACAAAUAUUUCUGUUCCGUAUUUAGUGGCCCUCUUACAGAAGCCGCCUAACGACUCCAGGAGUAUUGAGAUAUACGCCAACAGCACUCAGGCGACAUCAGACGUAGACGUGUCCAACAGAGCGGUGAGAGUUCAGCUGCCGGCAGAGCUGCAUGCUGGACUGAACAGUAACAUUGUGUUCUGCAUGAUCCAGAUGCCAGACAAUAUUUCCCUGCCAGGCUUGCCGAACCUGUCCGACAACAGGCUCGUCGGAGUCAGCGUCGGCAGGACUGUCGCCGGACUCAAGCCACGCGUCAACAUCACUAUGAGCAUUGCAUCAAGCAUAAACGAAAGCCUGAAACCCCAGUGUGUGUUCUUAAACAUGACAUCUGGUGAUGUUAGCACACGGGGCUGUGAAGUGGUGGAAUAUAACCAGACGUACGUCACCUGUUCCUGUGACCAUCUCACAUACUUUGGCGUGCUCCUGGUGUCUGCAGACCUCUCACAAAAAGACGCUGAGAUCUUGUUCUACAUCACCUACAUCGGCUGUGGUAUCUCUCUGUUUGCUCUGGUCGUCACUGUUGUUCUCUUCAUCACAAAAAGGAAACUCAGAGCAGACGAUUCCAAGAAGAUCCACAUCAGCCUGGCAGUCGCUCUGAUCCUCCUCAACGUUCACUUCCUCUCCAGCCAGGCGGCGGCAGCGUCGUCCUCCACUGAGCUUUGUCUCUAUGUGGCUCUUCUUCUUCACUACUCCCUGCUGGCCUCUUUCACCUGGAUGGCCUUGGAGGGCUUCCACCUCUACCUCCUCCUGGUCAAAGUCUUCAACGUCUAUGUGAGGCGAUACCUGCUGAAACUCAGCGUGGUGGGAUGGGGUCUUCCAGCGGUCAUUGUGUCAGUGGUGGCGAUCAUAAACAAAGACAUAUAUGGUCGUACAUCUGUGGACUCGUCCAAUAGGACUGAAAUCUGCUAUAUAACCGAUGACAAUGUGAAGAUGGUGACCACGGUGGGAGUGUUUGUCUUGGUGUUCAUCUUUAAUGUGAUCAUGCUUGGAGUGGUAAUCAAAUGGUUCAUGGGGGUGUACAUUCGCAAACAGCGCAGUCAGAGUGAACGAAAUGCAACCAAGAAUAAAAUUUGCACGUUGCUGGUUCUCAUGGUUCUGCUUGGCCUGACCUGGGGUCUGAUCUUCUUCUCACUGGGCCAAGUGAACACUCCUGUCCUCUACAUCUUCUGCAUUGUGAACUGUCUUCAAGGUUUCUUCAUCUUCUUUUACUUUGUGUUGACUCUGAAAAACACCAAAGACUCAGCUACCAUGCCAAGCACUGACAUACAGAGUCACUGCCCCAAAACCUGAACCCAGAGGAGGAAUUUAUGUUUGGGGGAUUUUCACCCUAAUGCUACUUCAGAUCUUGUUCUUAAAGCGACACUGUCAUGUAAAAUUGACUUGUUUUUUUUUUUUUUUUUUAGCUUUAGAUCAUGUUAUAAUGUUAUUUUUUCAUCAAAAACGUACAUAGAGUGUUUCUUUCAUGCAUGUUUGAGAAAUAAUUUAAUCUCCAUGGCAACCAUUCAGCUGUGCAAAACACUUGGAGGGACCUAUCCUCAGAGCUGCAGUUUCCAAGCUUCCGCCUCAAAGAGCAUCCCUCCUCUGCAACUCCUCCAUCAGCUCCUUCAGACUAGCCAGCAGCAAUUAGCCAACACCUGGUGGAUCUGCACAUCUGCUGAGAUCAUUAUAAUAACCCUGGUAAAAACGUUGUUAAACGGUUAAUAGAGGACCAAGUGUUGUAAUGACUUCUUGAAGAUAGAAUGUUGGAAAGAGCAGGACUUUGUUAAAGAGACAGGAGCCCAAUUUCAAGGUGUCAAAUUACAAAGUCAAAUUUCUUUGAAGUCAUAUUAGACAUGUACAGCAUUUUCAUAACAACUGAAGGUAACAUACUUAUUUAAUUUUGCUAUAAAAUGGUUAAAUGGCUAGAAAACACAAAAUACUGCCCCUUUAAUGUAACAUAUUGCACAAUAGAAAGCAAUCCUUCUCCUAACGGAUAUUACAUUUUCUUUUUAGGCUUGUGGUAAGUCCUGCCAUGGAUUUCUCCCUUUGAAAAGAGAAACCUAUUAUUUCCAAAGGAAAACUUCAUAUGCCAUUCCACCCAGUACAGGUUGUAGUGUUUAUCUCAUGCAAAUCCCACAUAAACACUCUUCAUUGUAACAGAAUAACAGACCAAGUGAAAAGCUGGAAGUUUUAUGAUCAAUAUGAGGAACAAACAUCUACAGUAUUGCAAUACAGGUGUUAUAAUGUAAUGUAAUAUGUUAAAUAUUUGUUGUAAAACUGCAUCAAAAAAGAUGAUUGUGUGGUAAAGAAAUAUUUCUUUUUGGAAAAGGCAACGAGUUUAAAGUUUUACAUAAAAGCCUGUCUAUAGCUCAUUUCAUACUUGCAUACUGUAGACAAAUAUCCCAUUAGUUAUUCUUUUUUUAUGGUGGCAUAGAAUUAUUAGUAUUUUAGGUUUUUGUAUAUAUCUGAUGUAGUUGUAGUCUUUACAAGAUUUAUACAUUAUCUCUUAAUAGGCUGUUACAUUUUAGACUUUAGUGGUAGAAAACUGCUUUAAGCAUAAAGACGUAACACAGACCACAGGUGUGUAAAAAUAUUGUUUACACUUUUAAAUAAAGUAUUACUAGUUCUGCA